UAGUACCUUUUUUAUUAUUCCAAAUCCUACAGCAAGUGAAUUUUACCUCAGUCCCUAACCCUUAUGGCUCCGCCCCUCCUAUUUGCCAAUACACUCUCCUCUUUCCCUGUGCGCUACCCUUAGGUUUACAAUUCCUUCCGCCCCGCCCAGUUCUAGGACCAUCUGGAAGUUAUCAGCCAAUAAACAGCGCUGCAGAAACACGGCUCUUUAUAUAAGGGUUGAUGAAUACAAGACAAUCUAAACACAAUAUGGCCCCUGUCUCUACUGUUGUCAAAAAUGCUAUCUCUGACCUGGCCAAGAUAAGUGAUGGAGAAAGGUUGAGGGAGGCGCUGCUGAGCCUAAAGAGCUACCUGGGAACAGGAGAAAACUCAGCUCAAACUCAGGAGACUACAGAGUUCAAUAGGAACCAUUACACCCCCGUUCUUGAGUUUUUGGUGGCCCAAAUGGGUCCACAGUGGUUGGACCUGCUGACUUCAGAAAGGCUUGAGUUGUGGGACAGCUUUUUUCUAGAGGGUCCACCUGAUCAGGCCUUUCUGGUGCUCAUGGAUAGCUUGGGGAAAACUGGGCCCAGCAUCCGCUUGGAUCGCUGUGUGCAUGUGUUAGAGAGAUUCCUGCAGCGGGGAGCGCUUGCUGAGGUGAUCUGGGAGGUCUGCCAACAGCAGCUCGAGAGCAACCCAACAUCUGUUCUCCAUGAAGCCAUUCUGGGGAGGAUCAGCAGUCUGCCGGACCACCUAGCCAAUUGCCUCCAGCAACACAACAAACCUUUAUUCUAUCCUAAGAACUACUACCCCCGCCUGGCAGGCUCCAUUAUCCGUGUGUUACAAAUGGUCUCAGAUGCAUUAAGAGAUGGCAAGAACUGUUCCAUCUCUUUUGCAUCUCAGGUUGUGGGUAAAGUCUGCAUGCAGGGUCGGCAAAAGGAGCUGCUUUCAGUCCUGGUGCCACGACUGAAAUCCCUCGUCCAAUCUGAUUGCAUCUGGCAGAGGAUUUGCUGGCGACUAUUGGAGUCAGUUCCUGACAGAUGGAUGGAGCCUGUAUUAACUGGAAUUGUGCAGACGGCGCCGGGAGCAGAAGUGUUAUCCCAAUUGUUGGGUGAUCUUGUAGUAAAGAAUAAAAGGACACAGUUUUUAUUAACCAAGAAGAUGCUAUUCCUGCAGUAUGGUCUCAAGAAGGAUGCCCUACAGAGCAUUCUGGGAUACCUGUCAUUGGAUGCAAGUCGCAGACAUCUGUUAGUCAAGGUUCUGCGGGAACUCCUGGAGGUCUGGUCGUCUGGCAGCGUGGUCAAACACUCCCCCCAUCCUCAACUUCUGCAUGUGAGCCGCUGCCUGCUGAUCUGCCUGGGCCUCCUGAACAAGCAGGAAAUUGAGAGCUGCAAGCAAGACCUGCUUGUAUCACUAACUUCCGGAGCUCGAAAUUACUUAGACAGUUCUGUUCCCACCACCCGACGUAUGGGAAUGGUAGUAGCGGAAUGUCUGAGCCACCACAUUGACACUGAGGGACCGGGUCUUUCUUUCCAGUAUGAAGAAGAUGAGGACACCAGAGAUCUGAAGGCUCUUCUGAAGCCUCCACAUAUGGUUGAAACUGACUCUGCUGAUUUUGUGAAAAGACCUGUAGAGAGUUCUCCGUCCAAAUCACCACUGUCAUCUCCAGAAGUGAGAGAAAAGUCUAAGGUGAAAGUCAAGGCUGACCAGGCAUCUGACUCAGAUCUGGACAGUGACGAUGACUUGGUUCCUUAUGAUAUGAGUGCAGACACAGAGCUGAAGAAGAGUAAAGCACCAGCCUACAUACGGGAUUGCAUUGAAGUGCUUUUAUCAGAUGAUGUGGAAAAGCUGGAGGUGACCAUGGCCUCCCUGGCAACACUGAUCCAGGCAAACACAUUAGCCACAAAAGAGGUCAGCAUGGAACUCGCCAAGAUCCUCUUGCACAUUGAUGAGAAGCCCAGUGUGGCGCGCUUCACAGAGUUGCGGCACGCUGCCCUUGUGGCUGUCACUGUGACUGACCCUGUGACGGUAUCGCAGUACCUUACUAGUGAAUUCUACUCCCUCAACUACAGUUUGCGACAAAGGAUGGACAUUUUAGAUGUAUUGUCCUCUGCAGCCCAAAGCCUUUCAGAGAAGCCCUCUCACGAGACAUCAGCAGAGUCUGGCUCUAUAAACACUGACCCACAUUCUAUUAGAAGCACAGCAUGGACUUCAUCGGAAGUGCCAGUUAACUGGAGGAAGGUGGUGGAGGAGCGUAUUGCAAGCAAGACAAGGCGCUUUGCCAAGGGUCAUUCAGCUGCUACACCUGUCCCUGCCCCCAACCGUUACCAUGCUGUAGCCGGACAUUUCUUCUUCCCACUCAUACAGAACUAUGACAGGCAAAUUGUUACCUUUGACCUUCUUGGAGAGGAUCGUCUGGUUCUUGGGAGGAUGGUUCAUACACUUGGCAUAUUAAUGCACCUGACAUUGAAUGCUCCAAUUGCUUCUCAGAUGGGAAAGGCUCUCCUUGAAUUCGUGUGGGUUCUACGUUCCCAUACUGAUGCGUUUGUGAGACAGGGUCUUCUGUUCUGUAUCUCUACUGUUCUGCUCAGUGUCCCCUGGGAGCACCUUAUGACUGACAUGGCAGAAGAAGUAGUGGAGACACAGUGCUGGUUAGCAGAGGUAGCCGAGAGAGACUCAGAUGAUGACUGUCGUCGCCUGGCCCUUAAUGGGCUUUUUCUCAUGGAAAAGUUAAGAAGCAAUAUUCAGGGAAACCCAUGAGUUUCUUCAUGUGUGGUACUGCUAUGGCCUGAGCUGUGUGUAGCUGGUUUGUGCAUUUAAGUUGCAGAGGCCAUCCCUGAAAAAACACAAUAUGUAUUUGAUGGGGUGAGGUGCAGAUGGGGUGAGACUCCUACUUCACUUCUGGUUAUUUGGCCUGUAAAUUCUAACAUUUACCUCCUGUCUGCCAUGGUUAGCAAGACCUAUAUUCUACAAAGUUACCUGCAGAUAGUAAGCUUGAGCCUGACCACUCAGAUUGCUACAAUCAUGUAACCUAAUACUUAAAGUACUUUCCACCUUUGCCUCAGCCUAACACAUUUACAUGGCUGUGAUACAACAGGCCUGUGCCAGUAGUACUAUGCCCUGUGAUGCAUUCACACAACUGCCUAGAAUGCUACAAGUGUAUUUCUACCAGUAUUUUCAUGCCUUGACUUUGGUGCAGCAACUGAGAUCCCUCUAAAGAUACCUUGGUGCCGGACAUGCAAGUGGAUGAAGUUGUUGAACAGCAACUACGUAGGUCUUUCUACCAGAGAUUCCCUUUGUUGCCAGUGGAAAGACUUUCAGGAGAGAUUAGUCGCCCGCGGUAGCAGAGAUCUAUUACAGGUACUAAUCUCUGUGUGGGGCAUCAGCCUUAGGUCUGAGUCCAGCCAGAGCUCACUAUCUGCAUAUUCUUGCUUGGGUGGGUUUCCUCUGUGUACUCUUCCCCGCCCCCCAUCCCAACACUUUAAAUUCAUAAAGGCAUGUUACUUUGAUUCUGACUCCAUUGUCCAUAAUGAGCGUCAUGUGAUAGAGACCUUAGAUUGUUAGCGCCACUGGGCCAGGGACUGAUGGCAAUGGCGUAUAAUCUCUGUGACGCAUUGCAGAUUAUGUCAGUACUGUAGAAAAUAAAGAAUAAUAAUUGUAUAACUUGUACCAUAUUAUAAUACAUGCUGUGUUUUUGGUAUACCUGUACGCUCUGAUUAUAAUAAACUUUUUACAUUUAUUUAAGAAAAGCUUUAAAAAAGCUUUUUACUGAGGUGUGUGAUUUGAUGAUAUGGAACUAUAUCUAGUGUCAGUAUUUCAGCUAGAAUAAUACUAUAUACAGUAAUGGGAUCCCCUAUCUAGAAAGCUGUUAUCCAGAAAGCUUUGACUUGUGUAAAGAUCAUCUCUUAUAUACACCAUUUUAAUUAAAUGAAGUUUUUAAAAA